GGUAUGCGUAUUUAAUGGACACAACAGGGAAAGAGCAAUUGACUACUAGAGAAUGUGAAGAUCUGGAUUUCACAGGCCUUGCUUUGUGUUCUGAGUGCAAUUCUCUUGUUGAGUAUGUCAAAGACCAAGGUAAUAAGAUCAAUCAAGGGAUGACACAAGGGAUGCUUGGAUGUGGAUGGGAGAACCUCGUGGACUCUUCUCAAUUAAAUCGGCGUGCCGGAGUGUCAAAGGUAUCACACAUACUACCCCAGCGGAUGCAAAAUGGAAGUGUUUAUGGACAUCCAAAAUCCAUCCUCGUCUUAAACUCAUUUGGUGGCAGCUUGAGAGGGAUGCAUUCCCAACAAGAGGUAAGAUAGCUCAAUUUAUGGAACUGAAUGAUGUGUACUGUCCUAUAUGUGGGGAGGAUGUCGAGACAAUUUUCCAUCUGCUAUGGAAAUACAAUUUGGCUAAAGCCAUAUGGUUCAACUCACCUAUGGGGCUUCGGGCUGAAUUGGUUGAUGUGAACUGUUGGGAACAUUGGAAGAAUUGGUUCAAGGAGGACUUCAAUAGACCCCCAAAUCUCACUUUCCAAGAGAUUUUGAUCACUGCUCUAUGUGUGGCGGAAACUGUGUGGUCUGAACGAAAUUCUAUUGUGCAUUCUCAAUUGAGAUGCCCGCCUCAGAAGGUGUUACUGAAUGUUAACAAUAAAGUUAGAGAUCAUCUGAAGGUGGCUUGCAAUGAGGUGACGGAAUUCUGUGAAUGGCGCCCCCCACCCGACUUGUGGCUAUGCUGCAAUUGUGAUAUUUCUGUGGACGAGGACGGUGUGGUUCUUGCAACGGUGGUUCGAGAUGACAAAGGCAACAUUGUCAACAUCAAAACUGAGAGAAGCCUCUCCACUGACCUGCUGAUUGGGGAAGGGCUUGCAGUCUGCAUGGCGGCCGAGUUAAUGCAUAAGAUGAGGGUCAAGAAUGUGAUCUUUCAGAGUGACAACAUGGAGGUAGCCACAGAUCUUUCCAUGGAAUCAAGGAAGGAUAUCAACUUCAAACUCACGGAUAUACGAAAGCGCUUCCAUCAGGUGUGCUCACAGUUGACUGGGUGGGGCAUUGGUCAUGUGAAUUGAAGGUGUAAUUAUAUGGCACACAACGUUGCUGCUUGGGCGAGGGAGACAAGGAAAAUAGGCUUAACAACGCCUACGGAUAUGGACCCUACUGUGCUUUCAGAUUACAUCGAAUGGAGGAAGCACGCUGGCUAAUCUGCUGCUUCUCAUCUUCCUAAUUAUGAUUUACUUCUGUAGUUUUAUUUUUGUUUGCUCUAUGUUUGGAUGCUCUUGCUGGUUUUUUUGUUGUCUUUUUUCUUGUAGCUUUACUUUCGGCAGUUUGUACUGGUUUAAACCUUGAUUUUUUUGUUUAAUUGAUUUGCUUUGAGGGUGUUCACACCCUCUCUUUCAUCAAAAAAAAAAAAAGUAUAUAUAACUUGCGAGCUCGGAUUAUAAGAAGCAUGGAGAUAUUGCAGAUUCUUAAUUGCUUCUUAAGCUAGUGUUCUCAUUAGCAUAGAGACUUGUGUAACUUAUGUCCAAUAUUUUGCAUAUUUCUAAAAACGUCAAAUUUAAUUGCAAAACUGGUAGCAAAAUGUCUGAAGUGUUGCAUGGAGGAUUCUAAUGAUUCUUCCAGCAAGGUAUGAAUGAUGAUCUUUGGGUUGCUUUCAUUGAUAGUUUAGUUUUGGAAUAAUUUGUUUUUUUUUUUUUUUUGUUUUUCUCUGUGAAAGUAGGUCUCUUUCUAAAUACUUUGAUGGUAUUUUGUGUUUAAUCAUUUGCUUAACUAUCUAAUCUUUGAUGCUCUCUAAUUUGAUUUAUUUAUUUGAUUUAACUAGUUUUUGUUUGUGAGUUUUUAUCUUAGUUGCUUUAUGUAAUCAGUUUUUUUUGUCUUAAAUUUUUAACUAGUUGAUAAAUAUAACCGGUUUCUUUAUAUUAUAUUUGAGUUAUAAUGUGUUAUUAUUUGUAUUUAUUUAUUUUGUUAUGAACCUAAUUCUUUUUAUAUUUAUGACUCAAUAUUUUUUGGAAUUGAUCCCCACUUUUUUCUUUUAAAAAAUUAUAACGGGUUUUAUGAAGUACUAUGUGUUCUGAGGUAUUUUGUUGUGGAAUUAAUUUUGUUUUUAAUUUAUAUUUCAGUAUUUUAGGAACUGAUUUUCACUUUAAUUUUAUAUAACCGGUUCUAUUUUAAUUAUAAUCGGUUUGAGUUAUUCUGUAUUAUUUGUUUUAAUUCCUUUUGUUGUGGAACCUGCAUUAGUUUAUGUAAGUAGUUUUGUAUUAGUAGUUUAGUUUAUAAUCGAUUUUUUGAGCUAUUGUGUAUUAUUUAUUUUUAGUUAUGUUGAGUGGAACCAGUCUUAUUUUAAUUUAUGUCUCAGUUAGUUUUUGAUUUAGUCAUUUCAAAAAAUAAUUCUUGAAUUAUUUAUUUCAAAAACUAGUUUUUAAUUUAAUUAUUUUAGGAACCGAUUUUUUAUUUAGUUAAUUCAAGAAACUGGUUUUUGAUUUAUUUAUUUUAUUUAACUGAUUUUUGUGCGUGAGUUUUUAUCUUAGUUGCUUUACGGAAUCAAUUUUUUAUUUGUUCCAAAUUUUUAACUAGUUGAUGAAUAUAACCGGUUUCUUUAUAUUAUGUUUGAGUUAUUGUGUGUUAUUAUUUGUGUUUGUUUAUUUUGUUAUGGAACCGGUUCUUUUCAUACUUAUGCAGAAUUUAUCCCCAGUUAUUUUUUUUUUUUAAAAAAAUUAUAAUCGGUUUUAUGAGGUAUUUUAUUGUGGAAUUAGUUUUGUUUUUAAUUUAUGUUUUGAUAUUUUAAGAACUGAUUUUAUCUUUGUCUUUUAAUUGUAAUUGGUUUGAGUUAUUGUGUGUUACUUGUUUGUAUUCAUUAUGUUAUAUAACAGGUUCUAUUUUAGGUAUAAUCGGUUUUGAGUUAUUUCGUAUUAUUGAUUUUUAUUCAUUAUAACACUGUUAUACAACCGAUUCUAUUUUAAUUAUAACUGGUUUAAAUUAUUUUGUGUUGUUUGUUUUUAUUCAUUAUGUUACAGAACCGAUUAUAUUUUAAUUAAAACCGGUUUGAGUUAUUUUGUGUUAUUUAUUUUUUUUCAUUAUGUUAUAGAAUCGGCUCUAUUUUUAUUAUAUCCGAGACAUUUGAUCCCCACUUUUU